CCUCGGAGCAGAAUGGCUGCAGUCCCAGAGCUCUCCUUCCUGCUGGUCUCUCUCAUCAGCAGCAUCCACGCAGGAGAACACAUCUUCAUCAAAAAGGAAGGGUCCUCUUACACCUUCACCCCCCCCAAGACCACCACCUCCUGCCUGAUCUCCAGGUCUGUUGGUGGGGAGAACCUGGUCCUGUGGAACACCUCUGACCUCUGGUCCAACCAGUCCUCAGUACCUGGACCCCUGAAACAACGACUGCUCAGCGAUGUGGAGACUUCUUCUUACACCAUCCGCCGCCUGACCCAAUCCGACUCCGGCCCGUACCGAGAGGAGUGCUGGACCGAGCGCACCGUAACCCAUGGCAACAACAUCACUAUCAUGGUUUGUUCUUUAUUUGGAUGGAGAGAUAUCUCAGCGAGACUCGGAGAAACAGUGGACCUGAAAUGUGGGGGACCAGCAACUGGUCAUCAGGACGUCCUGUGGUUCAAACAGGACUCUGGAUAUGAGCAGGAGACAUGGAGCAGAGUUUUUGGGGACAAGACGACAUCAGAGAUGGACGAUGUUAGAGGAAGAUACCAAGUGGUGGACGAUGUUAGAGGAAGAUACCAAGUGGUGACAAACUCAUCAGAUCUUCGUGUUUCCAACGUCACGGCAACAGACUUUAGAUGGUUCAGAUGUCUGGUGAUGGACCAGCAGCGGUGUGUCAGCGGUCGGACUGUGCGGUUGUACCCAAAGUAUGAGAUGAUCUACCGCUCAGAGGGACAGACCGCCGUGUUGCCGUGCACCGUCUCUCACUCCGCUGAUGAACAGCCCCCCCGCUGGUCUAACAGGAUCUCCUCUGACCUAGGACUCCUGAACCAGACUGAUCCUUCAGUAGACCAGAACUACUCGUUGGUGUUUUCAUCUCUGAUGUUAAAUCACUCAGGUCUGUACGUCUGUAAAGUCUCUAUGAGAGAGCAAGAUUAUGUUCUGAGGUCCUUCUGGCUGCAGGACCACCCGUCCAAGCUUCAGCCGCCACUUUCAGGCAGGACGCUGGACCGCCCGUCCAAGCUUCAGCCGCCACUGGUAGCGGUAAUCAUGAUGAAAUGA